UUUUUUAAUAAUAAAAAAAUAGAUAUUCAUAUAAAUAGUCAUAUACACAUAUAUAUUUAAGAGAAAAAGAAGAAGAAAAAAAAUAAAGACUCCUUUUUUUUUAUAUGUACAAUGUUUGACAUGAAUUAUAACGCACCUAUUAUAGCUGAUUCUAUCAAGUCAGAAACAUCUUCAAUAGGAACAAACAAUGAACCAAUGCACCGAACUGGAGGGGAUGCGGUACAUAUGCUAUUAGCAAAGUUAGAUGAAGGAACUCAGACUAUUGCUAAUCUUCGGUCGAUUUUAACAAUGAAAACAGCAGAAUUAAACGAAUUAUUAGCACAACUAGAGCUUACAAACCAAGCCAUUACGACCGUCGAAUCAACUACGACACAAAUUGAAAAUAUGCUGAAAGAUCUUGGGUUUUCAGAGAAUUCAAGAGAAAGUUUAUUAAUGAGUGCUGAACAAUCUCUUGAUUCAGCCAUUAAAUCAGCCACAAGUAUUUAUCCACAGCAAUUCAAACAUGUUAAUAGAAGACGACCUUCUACUACAAGUACGAAUAGUGGUAGUGCGGCUAUGACAGAAGGGAGUGAUCAUAAACGAUAUAGUAAUGCUAGGUUGUUUACAACAAGAAUACGAUAUAAGCCUGAUACCAAAAAUAUAUUAAGAAAAUUGAAUGAUUUACUUAGAGAUUUAAACCUGGAGUCUGGAAACUUUUUCUCUAGUAUUGGAACAACUGAUGAUUAUGAGGUUUUACAAAAGGCUUAUGUUGACCUUGAUAUUGCAAAGACAAUUUCCUUAUCAGCAAAAAGUAAUAUGAAAAGAAGAAAUAUUCUUAUGAGAAGUGCUAGGAGAAGAGAAAACAUGGAAGAAAUACAAAAUCUUGGAGACAAAAUUCGAGAAGGUGUUUCUCAUUGGAAAAUCUAUACCAGAAAUACACCUUUAUUAAUUAACGGAGAAGAUAUUAUUACUAUCUUAGAUCGAGAAGAUAACCUGUUAGCAAGAAAUUUACCUAUACCUUCAACUCGUACGAUUUAUGAAAAGCCAACAACGAUUACACCCUCUAAUUCAGUUAAACGAUCUUCUAUUCCAAGCGUAAAUACAAAACAAGUAUCUAUUCCCCAGCAUCAAAUGUCUUCUUCUAUUAUUAAUAAUGAUAUACCUCCUUCUUCGCCUACUAAGUCUACAUUAGUAACGAAAAAACUUCAACGUCAAUCAGUCGGCGGCCCUCGUCUGACUCAAGUCAAAGCAAGUGUUGGCUUACCACGUGUACGUACAUCUUCUAUUACACAACAAAAAGAACACCAACAACAAAAGUCAUUAUCAGGUGCUUCUACUCCACCUCAUUCAGCUAUUAUUACUAAACCUAUUAUUAAUACCAUUAAGCCUACCAUCACAACAACAGCAAAAUCAACUAUCAUUACUACCACCACUACUACCACAACAGCAAAAGCCACAAUUAACAUUCAAAGACAAACACACAUUCCUUUACCUACUUCAGUUACUCAGCAAUCUACGAGUGAAAAGAAAUCUAUAUUAAAGCCACCUUCACAACGUGGACCUGGUUCUACAUAUGCCCUUAAAGAGUACAACAAUACAAGAAUAAGAACAUGUAAAACCUUUCUAUUCCAUUGUCUAUGAUUAAAAAAAAAAAGAAAAAAAGAAA